AUGGCACCGCCCACCCUGGCGGGGAAGCCCCACGCUGCACUGUGCCCCCGCCCUGGGGGGCUGCAGCAGUGCCUGGCGCGCGGGGAGUAUGGGCCCCUGCACCACUGCCCCCUCUUCGAGAGCGACUUUCUCCAGGUGACCAAGCGGGGGGACCUGGCCAACAGGGUGACCAUGGGCAUUGCUGCCACCAGCCCUAGGCUGGAGCUGCCUGACCUCCUGCUGCUGGCACGGCCUGUGGUGGGCCCCGGGUUGGCGCCUUGCCGCUGCCGCUGUGCCCUGGGGCUGCCGCCAGAAGGGGAGGAGCUGGAGCUCUUUGGGAUGCUGCCCCUGCAGUUCGUCCACCUCUCCAUCCACAGCGAGGACCAGUACCAGCUCAAGGUGCACUUGGCCUCCGGCCGGACCUUCUACCUGCAGCUGCUGGCUCCACUGGCCCAGCUGGAGCAGAUCUUCAGCCAGUGGGUGCGGCUACUCUCCCGUCUGCGCUACCAGUGUCCUGGGGCAGUGCCGAGGGCUAAAGGGACCCGUGACAUUCCAGUACCUCAGGGAAAAGGAAGAGGGGGGCGCAAAGCAGAACCAGCCCCCUCCAAAUUGAAGCCCUCUGAGAAGCCAGCUGCACAGGCCUCAAAGCUGAGCAGAGCUUCCAAGCUGAGCAGAGCUUCCAUGGUGAGCAGAGCCUCCACUGUUUCCCUACCAUCAGAACCUGACUCCAGUGACCAGAGCUUUCUGUCUGAGAAGGAAAAGUCCUAGAGAAGCUGCACCAUCCCCCACAGACCAGCGGGGAGCCCCUCAAUAAAGUCCCAUGAUGGACCUGUAGUCAAGCCA